AUAAAAUUGCUGUCAAUGUCAUAACAAAAAGGUUAUAGUCUAUUAUGACCUCUCCGACCCAUAUAAUCAAAUUGUUUUAAAAAAAUGAUUGGAUAACGCACAUUCAUAAAAAUGUUUUUGAAACCAUGUGGUAUGCACAAUGCUGCAAAGAUCAAUCACUUGAGAUUUAAACACAGUGCCACUUUGGAUAAAUUGAAAGAGAAAAUAGUGAACGGACCUAGCCUGCAGGACUUCAUCUCAAACUCUGAUCCAGUCUUAUCAGAUAGCAACACUUGGGAGGAUUAUGAUGGUAAAUUGAAGAGAGAGAAAGGAGAGAAUGGACGUCUCAGAUUGCCACCCUGGCUAAAGACUUCAAUUCCUACAGGAAGUAAUUUUAGUAAACUCAAGGACGAACUGCGUAAAUUGAAUUUACAUACAGUAUGUGAAGAAGCCAGAUGUCCAAAUAUUGGUGAAUGUUGGGGUGGAGGAGAACAUGGCACAGCUACAGCAACAAUCAUGUUGCUUGGAGAUACAUGCACAAGAGGCUGCAGAUUUUGUUCUGUUAAAACGUCAAGAGCGCCUCCACCACCAGAUCCAAAGGAGCCAAUAAAUACUGCAACUGCUUUAGCCAAUUGGAGAUUGGAUUAUGUUGUAUUAACAUCAGUUGACCGGGAUGAUUUGGAAGAUGGGGGCAGCAGCCAUUUUGCUGAAACUGUUGUAGAAAUUAAGAAACAGAAUCCUAAUAUGAUUGUAGAAUGUCUUGUACCAGAUUUUGCUGGAAAUUUGAAUUGUGUUGAAACAAUUGUUAAAUCUAAUUUGGAUGUGUAUGCUCAUAACAUUGAGACAGUGGAAACAUUAACUCCAUUUGUUAGAGAUAGAAGAGCUAAGUAUAGGCAGUCACUUGCUAUGCUCAAGGGUGCAAAAAGUUUCAAUAGUGAACUAAUUACCAAAUCAUCAAUUAUGUUAGGAUUGGGUGAAACUGAUGCACAAGUUGAACAAACAAUGAAAGAUUUGAGGGAGGCUGGAGUGGAUUGUGUAACUUUAGGUCAAUACAUGCAGCCUACGAAGAGGCAUUUGAAAGUAGUUGAAUAUGUAACACCAGCUAAAUUUAAACAUUGGGAAGAUCUUGGAAUGGAAAUGGGAUUCUUGUAUGUGGCUAGUGGACCGCUUGUUAGAAGUUCCUAUAAAGCAGGUGAAUUUUUCAUUGCCAGUAUUUUGAAGAAUAGAAAAACAAGUGCAGAAAGCAACAGAUGUUAAUUUAUUAUUUUGAAUAAUGUAAAUAAACGAAUUUUCAAACUUUUA